AUGACGCCCCCUGCCCGAGGUCGGGGGACUAGCCAACGCAGCCCGACCGUCUUGGUCACAGAUUCCCGCGACCAGCAACCCCCUUCAACCGCCCGACGCCGGCGCUCCCCCGCAACCCGCUUCAUCACCGUAGACAACGUCCUCCAAUAUGCUUCAGACGUCCCCUCAAUGCAGCAACGCGGCCCACCACCAACCUCAAGAUCCCGACGCCUCGCAUCCGCCGCUGGCAGCCUGAUCGGCAGCUCGGGAAGCAGCAGUUCCAGUGCCGUCGCAUCAGCCGCUGGCAAAGCCGGCCGACUAGCCGCACAGCCGCGUCUCCCACCACGAACAACGAAAGUCAGCGAGAAGCUAGUCCUCCUGCCCGACACGGGUGAGCUAGGUGAAGCCGAGAUCGACGACGAGGACUAUGUGCCCGAGGACCACGCGGAUCUCGUGGACGAAGAGGUCGUCGCUCGUAUUGCCCGGGAGAAAAAUGUCGAUCCGGAAAUGGUGAGGCAUCAAUUGCUUGUGCAGAAGCGGCUUGGUGGGGAUUUCGGUGUUGAUAAUGAUAUUGCGCCGUUGCUUGCUGAGGAGGAGAUUCUAAGGAAACGUCGUGUUGCGCCGGAGCGUGCGAAGAGUUAUGCGGAGCGGUUGCCGAAGGCGCGUCGGACGGAGAAGCUGGCUCGUGUUACAGCUUAUUGUACCGCUCAGGCUUAUAAGAUGGGAUCGCUUGCUUCUUUUGUUAAGGAGUGGCAUGGUGGACGGACGAAGCUUUAUGAUGAUUGUCUGUAUACGGCUUAUCAUCUGCCGCUUUUGCCCGGUCAUGAGGGUUAUCGGUUGCGAAGUAGCCCUGUGUUGAAGUAUCCUGGUGGGAAAUCACUGCUGGAUGAGGAGAUUGAGCGCAAUGAACUUCGUGAUCAUCAUGAUGAUUUCGGGGUCGAGGCUGAGGAGCAUUCUGUCGGUGGGCGGAAUCGUCCUGAUGAGGAGCAUCAUUAUGAGGCUUCACCGGGAGACUCGGGUGUUCACAGUUCUCAUGAGGAGCAUCGGGAGGAGUUCCUGAACCGUAUCUCUGAGGAGGCUCAUCGCCUGCCAGACGAGCAUGAGCAUGCUGCCAGCUCUGGCGAGAGCGUGGAUAGGCUGCAGCAUAUUCCACAGUCCAAUGGCACAGAGGAGAACCGGCCGCCAUCGCCUGAGCCUGCUGUCCGCCGUCGUCGACACAGCACCGAUGACAGCCAUGCUUUACUCCGAGACCGUCCCUCCCCACCACUCCAUGCAACAUCCGCGCCAUCAUCAACACCUCAAGCCCCAGCCCGCACCUUGUACAACGUCGCCGAGAUGUUCGUCUUCAGCUACGGCGUCGUCGUCUUCUGGAACUUCACAGAACGUCAAGAGAAGGAUCUCCUCGCCGAUCUGGCAUUCGCUACAUCCUCCGUAACGGGCAUCCCCGUCCCAUUGGCGACAAUGCCGCUCGACGAAGAAGACUUUGAGACAGAGGAAUUCCACUUCGAAUACUCGACCGAGAUCCUCCGUCCCCGUGUCUACAAUGACAUGAUCACCCUCCGCAGUGGCGACCACAUGAUCAAACUCGCUAUCAGUCAUGGCAUAGCCCAAAGUACGAAGCUAUGCUUCUUCGAAGAAGUCAUGGCCCGCCAAAUGGAUGAUGCAAAGGACGUCCCGAGACGACUCGCCGUCACAGGCCAACUAGGCAUGAAACGCGAAGAAGUCUUCCGAAUCCUAGGCCGGCUAUUCAAAAGUCGUGUCGAAGUCAACCUUUCAUCAAACAUGCUCGACGUCCCGAACUUCUUCUGGGAAAGCGAACCAACCCUCUACCCCCUCUACAUCGCCGUACGCGAAUACCUCGAAAUCAAACCCCGAAUCCAAGUCCUCAACGAACGAUGCCGCGUCUUCUUAGAUCUCGCUGAGAUUCUAUCUGACUCGAUAGCUGAUAACCGCACUUCCCACCAAACAUGGAUCAUCAUCGUCCUAAUCAUCAUCUCUAUCAUUGUCACAAUGGCCGAAGUCUUCCUUCGCUUUGGUCUGCUACACGCUCGCGAAGGUGAAGGCGCUGUCGGUACACCGGCUGGUAUCAUUGCCCGCGCUAUGGGACGGUCUGUUCCGUCUCCGGCGUCUGGUUGGUAUCCGGCUAAUAUGCCUGCUGGGUGUGUUUGUCCUUCUAUGGGGACUGGUGUUAAUGGUGCGGAGAUAGGUAUUAGUGGGAUGAUGGGGCUUUGA